GGAUUUAGGGACUUGUCAUCACAGUUUAUGGUUAUCAAGACGAUGCGGAGCAUCGAUUUAUAGGUUAACCUCGCUAUAGUUAUGGUCGGCGGUUGUUAUUGAGCUAAAGGUGUCUGGGGAGAUUCUGUGAUACAUGCGGGUAUGGUUAUGAUUGAAAGACCAUCAUAUUGGUGUUGGUCGUUUUGCGCAAGCUUUGCCUUUUUUCGUCUUUGGGUUUGUUCUGCGAAAGACUGUCGAUUAUCGUCAUCGAUAUUGCCGUUACCUUUUCUUCUAGAUGAUCAUUGUGAUAGACAUAUGAAUCAAGAAGAUUGGUACGCAUCCACUUGUCAUGGAACUGAUCAGAUGUCGGAAUAUCGAGUGCAUUAAUGGACUCUGUUGGAAAGAGAGCAGAUAUAUCAACCACUGUAUGU